GUUCCCCUGCGCAAGAGAAUCGCCGCAGCAACCACUUCCAAACUCGAGCGGCAACACAUCGCCAUGAGCAACCCCUUCGAAGACCCUUCCGUUCGCAUGGCAGCUACAUCCCCAGAAGGUGCCGCAAAGAAGCUACCCAUUCCACAAAAACAAUCGUCUUUCAAGGCAGCUCCAGUCGCGCCUGCUCAUGCUAGCGUCAUCAACCCUGCGCAAGUCGGUAACAGCGCUCCGCCCCCCGGAACGCCCAAGACUGCUGCUGAAAACCUCAUGGAAGAAGUUGGCUCGUCGAUCAAGAAGACUGACUCAGCCAAGAUUCUCCGAGUGAUGCAAACUAUCAACAUUAUCCUUGCCGCACUGACUGUGACCGCUGGCAUCUUGUCAUGGGUCGCCGGCUACGUUGUGGACUUCCAGACGUUCAUUGCAUCCUCCUACAUCAUUACGUUUGGGUUGUUGCUGCUUGGGUUUGAGCUGCGCACGGCCACCCUCGACGUCCUCCUCCGAGCCAAUUUUGGGUUCAUGUAUGGCUACAAGACCCGCACGAUCUUCCUCCUAUUCAUCGCCAUCUGGCCGCUGUCUAUGGGGACGUACUGGGUCACAAUCCUUGACGCGGUUCUGCUCUUCCUGAACGCGUUCUUCAACUACUUUGUGAUUUCGAGCCAUCCCGCGUUCUCGGGCGAGGCGCCGCCCGCAUACGACGCCACGCGUGUCUCGUUGGGCACAACAGCCACCACGCUCGGCAUCGUUGCCCCAGCCGACCAGGCCGGUUCGCAGGUCUAACUUUCCACCGUUUAAAGAUGAUGAUUCAUGUGCAGAGAUCAGACGCACGUGCAGCACAGUUCCACUCACUGCGAUGAUGAUAACAUCGAACGACGGUCCAUGGAGAUGCGCAGUGCAAGUAGGCUCACCUAGAACCGGCAGCUCGUGCAAAGUCCUCGUUGACGGAAAGAUAAGGUUCUAUUUGUUCUCGCACGAAUUUAAAUCAACAGGUCGUCGCCGUUGGUGUGGAAGACCGCCGAGACGACCACAAAAAACGUGACGCUCCAUGCCAACGCACGGCGUUGAGGGGUGAACGUCGACGACAGGGCGGCCGUCGUGCGCUCGUACAAGGUCUAGCCAGGCAUAAGAUGAAAACAAC